GCGGUCGUUGAAGAGCCAUGCAGCCCACCACCGAUAUUGGAGGAAACGGAAAUUCCAUUUGGAUUGGAGGUACCGCCGUCACCAGCCAGGUCCACGAGCAGCAGCAGUUCGGGCAGCUACGACCUGAAAGAUGCGAUGACAGAUCCGGGUCAGGAACUCGAGCAGCAAACGGCGCCGCCGAGCGGGCACACCUCAGAAACGGAGCUGGAUCAUGACGAAGGUCACCGCUCCUCUUCCGGCGGUUACGCCGAGUCUCCGCCGGAUCUACGCGGCUGGACCGAGGAAGAACGUCGCAGACGAAGGAAAACCUUCACCCUCGACUUCCUUGGAAGCGCGGCGGGCGUCGAACGCGGCGCAGAGCUGUACGGAGAGAACGUGGAGGUCAGUCCAACGCCGAGUCAUCGUCAUCGGCCGAGAGGGAAGUCGACGAGCGCCAGAAGCCCACACAAGAACAACAGGAAGCGCGAGACUGUGCAACAGUCGACGGUUCAGGUGCAACAGUCGCAGCAACAGCAGCUCACCAGGAGCCCUCAGAAGGAGGAUUGGCGCGUCGAACAGACCGAGGAUGGUGGCCACGUUCCUACUUCGGACGAUUCUAGCUGCAGCCAUCAUUACCACAUGCACCACCAUCAUCAUCAUCACAUGCAUCGCGAGGGCGCUGACGGAAGGCAUCGGAGGACCAGAGAGAGUCCCAGGAGGAAGACCACUGGCUACGUUUCUGCUAGGAGAAGAAGCAACGAGUGGAUUUUGAGCGACAAGAACGCCGCGAUAACAGGCAGCCUUCCACGAAGAAGAUCGCGCGCUGCGGACGACAUAAUGUGUGCGAGGCUGAGCCCGGGCCGUUAUCAACGUAGUCCAGGACACAAUGGACAACGGGCGUUGAUCGUCGAGUCGCAGAGCCCGGAGGCUCGAUUGAAGGCUCUUUCAGCGGAAUCGUUGAGGUCCGUCAGUCCAGGCAGCGACAGUGUCUUCUACAGCGAGGGCGCCGACCAAUGCUUGACCAUCAGCGCUCUCGACGCCCCGCAUUGUUACCAUUGUGGAAGAGAGGUCUCGGAAGAGAUCGUUCGACCGCCGGCAGGUUUCGCGGACUCCCCGGAAGGCCACCGAUCAUCCGCGACGAAGCACGUGUCUGGUCAUCGGCUGUACAAAAAGUUCGACAAGAGGUACCGAUCGGAGGAUCGAGGGGACAGGAGGCAUCGACGCAGCAGCGCUGGUAGAUCGGACGUACGGGCGAAAUCGGAGGAAAGGGUGGCCUCGAGACGAGGAAGCCGAGGAUCCAUCGACGACACCGCCGCUGGCAGGAAAAGACUUCACGCGAGGAGCACCGACGUCAGUUUGGAGAUACUUACGGGUCGCGAAGACGAGGACACGUACGUGGAACCGUACACGAGCAGCGAGUGGAUUUACAUCGGCGACCUCGAGGAGAGCCACGUGUGGAAGAGGCCAGACGGCCGGGAUGGCGACGACGAAGUUCCGGAAAUCAUCGCCAGGGAGAGGAGGAGCUCCCAGGAAUCGACGGAGAGCGAGAGAAACUUUCGGAAGAAAUACCAGGCGACUACGCAGAGGAUAGUGCACCGAAAGAUCAGCGGCGAGAUGUACAAAAGGAUACAGACCAAGUGUUUCGAGAGCGACAAGAAGGUGGUGGUGAGACGGGAGGCCGGAGGUGAGUUCGGUUUCCGUAUUCACGGCUCGAAGCCGGUGGUCGUUUCCGCGAUCGAGCCUGACACGCCCGCCGAGAGCUCUGGCCUGGAAGUCGGCGACAUUAUAAUGUCGGUGAACGGGAAGAGCGUGAUGGACGCGACGCAUUCGGAAGUGGUGAGGCUGGCGCACUCCGGCACCGACGUCCUUGAACUCGAAGUGGCGAGAACGUGCAACGUGCUGGCGCCGCGAGUCGCCAGGCCCGGCACGAAGGAAGGAAGCGACGAGGUGCCUCUCUGUUCCGGCUACCUAUGGAGGAAAUCCGCGACGUCGUCCAACACGGACAAGUGGGUGCGGAGAUGGUUCGCGCUGCGCCGCGACAACUGCCUCUACUACUACAAGACUGACGCGGAUUCGCAGCCAGUGGGGGCGGUAAUGCUGAUAAGGUACGACGUGGAGCAAACGCCUGAGCUGCGGUUACAUAGUUUCGCGAUCAAGAAACAGGGCGCGCCUACGCUUCGGCUCGCGGCCGACACUGAGGAAGCUGCCGCUCGAUGGACGACGUUCAUCAAAGAAGCCAUCGAGAGAAACGACCAGGUUGACACUUGGCUGGAAGCAUCGCUGAGAAUGCGUGAAAUGGCAGCGUGCGCGAUUCACAGACCAGAUUGCUUUGGAUACCUGAGCAAGCAGCAAGAACACGCGAGGAAAACGUCCUCGCCAACCGGUUGGUCCAGGCGGUAUUGCGUGCUAAAAGACGCUGCAUUGUAUUUCUACGACGACGCUAAUGCGGAGAAGGCGUUCGGUGUCGCCUGCCUUCACGGCUUCAGGGUGCAUAGUAGCGCGCCCACUUCCGGUGGCAGGAAACACGCGUUCGAACUGCAACCACCGGACCCCACGCAGAGGAGUUACAUUUUCGCUACUGAUUCAGAAAUGGAUAAGAAACGGUGGCUGGCAGCGCUCGAAUAUUCGAUCGAUCGAUGGAUAAAGAUUGGUUGACAAAGGCCGACCUACCGUACGAAGAAGCAAAGAAGUCGAAGCAGCGAAGAUCCUUUGAGAUGUCCUUCGCCUCUUCCUGUCUCCGGUUCCUAACGAACAUUGUCGAAAAUCACCAACUCAUCGGUCACCGUCGCCAUUAUCGCCUCGAUUCUCGUUCGCAAAUUCAUCGCGUGGAUCAUGUCGCAGAUACUCUUUAAAUCCGCGAUCCCACAAACAUCAUGAACUACUUUUAAUUUUCCUUCGAGAAGAGAAAAGAAAUGAGACCUUCGUCGGGAAUUCCCCGUUCUCACUCGUUCAGUCGAGGAUCAAUGACAUAACAUUGAAAAUCUCUUGCCGUUGGAGGAAUGACUUUUCUCUGAUUGCAAAUAUUUUUCAGACAUCGGUCAAGCGUCAGGUUGCUGUUUAAUUGAUCGAGAUAUCUUGACGUUUUCUACUUUGUACAGACGUUCUGUAAAUUAUUAUUAUUAUUAUCAUUAUUAUUAUUAUUCAAUCUGUGGAUUUCUAAACGAUUCUGCUGUGUAUUCUAUCUUCUCUAGCUGUUUCUGCAUACUGUUUUUUCUGAUUCACACAGAAAAUAAUCUCUUCGUCGAUCUCGUUGUUCCCAGAUGAUCCCGAUGACCGAUUCGCGAACUUCGUUAGUCUCUCAGUGUCACAAACACCAUUUUAUAAUGAUUGUUAGUUGUCAGUGGCGCUGUGUUUGCCGAGCGUUAAACAAUUUGAUAUUAUACUUGAAACACUGUUUCUCAACGUGUACUAUAUUUGGAAUAUUCAAUAUUCUGCUGUUCAGUUUUCUUCCGAGUUGCGAAGGAUAGUUGUGUUGCACGAUUUUACGCGGUUCAAAGUAAUUGAAAGAACUGUGUGUCGACUAAGAAUGAACGCGUUCACUGCCGCGCGAGAUUUAUACGUUUUUACUCUGCGGAUAUCGGAAUAUUCAAUUUGUUUAUGUUACAUUCUUACAAUUAUAUUUUAUAAAUAAUUUUAUCUAAUAUAAUUACAAUAAAAGCAUUGUGAAAUCGUGUUUUUCAUUUAUUAUUAUUCUAAUCUUAUUAUUCUAUCGUAACCGUUCUGAAGUAUUCGCAGAGAUGAGAACGUUGAUCACCAUGGUAGAAAAACGUAUUGAAAAAUGUUAAAAACGACGACGGAUAAAUUUCCUUCGUUGUUGAAAAAGAACCGUGAACUGUUAAUUAUUUCGAACAGUAUGUUUACAGAGUUAUAUUACACGUGUACACGACAUUUCUCUUAUAAGAAACACGUAUAGGCUGUAAGAUCCAAUACAAUUAGGGUUUAAUUUCCAUAGAAUUUUUAUAUUACAUUUCUAAUCGAUGUUUAUUUAAACGGGGAGAAUUCACUUUCGCAAACAUGUCGCCAACAUAAUUGAGAUGAUCUAGUGCUCAUCGAUGUGUGUCACGAUCACGAACGAAACAGACCAGCUUCAGAAUCCCUUUCAUUUUCCUACAAAGUACAACGCACAAUUUUUACCGUUUGUAUAAUCGUUACUUUUCCGAUCAUCGACGCUCAUCAAACGUAUCAAAGACUUGAAAAGAGAAAAACGUUGUAAGAAAGUAAGUGUCACAGCAGCCAUUAUCAUUGUUUAAACGGCGAACAGAAUGUGCUUGAGAAAUGCUGUUUCAAGUAGACGAUCCCAGUAUCGAGUCAGACAAAUUUUAACGCGGUAGAGGAACUCUAUUUAUCGGAACUCGAUCCAUUAGAAUUGGUAUUUGAACAUACUGCAAGAGCAUAACCUAAUCGAAUCGAAGGCGGAAAAUAAUAUAUACGUAAUAUGAAAAAUUUGAUAUAAAUUAUCUUAAUGAGCAAAUAAUUUGAUAUAAAUUCUGAUAUAAGCGAAUAUUAAACAGUCUGAAAUAUGUUUGUGUAACAUAAUAAUGAACUAUACUGCAUUACAGAAUAUAAAAGAUCGAUCGUACUUGCUUGCAAUGCUUCGUGAUACGUUAAUAACAGAUCUUUCAAAAUGACAGAUUUCAUCGGUUCAGAAUUUAAUGACUAAAAAUAUACUGCUAAAUAAUGCUUAUUUCGAUCUAACGAAGUUGAUUGUAACAGAUUUAAAAAAUUAUAUUAAUCCAUACGAGGACUUUCACAUGUGUUUCAUAAAAUAAAGAUAAAUAGAUUUCUUCCUUUCUUUCCUUUGAGAAGAAAUAAAUAAUAAAUAAUGAAACAAAUAAAUUUUAAUUUCAAUUUGGAACAAUGGUCCAAGAGUCAGAAUAUGCAAAUUGCGAAAAACGAUCAAUCAUCGUUCAAGGAUCUCUUAAUCAUAAAAUAAUUAUAAAAUUGUUUCGCAAUGAUCGAAGUGCAUCGAGUCUGUUUAAUCAAAAUUUCAUCAACAUUAUUUUCAAGCGAGCUAAAAACGUCGAAACUGUCAUUAGGUCAGUAUCGAAUUUUCACGAAUUUCAACAAUAACUAUGUCAGUGCAGUUGCAAUUUACAUCAACCUAUGUUCCGAUAAAUGGAGUUCGACUCGUGAUCUUGCCGCUCGCGACUUAGCAGAUUUUUGUAUUGUUAAUAUCAGCUUUUGGAUUCCGUUUUUAUAUAUACAAACGUUGCAUACUCUACCGAGGUACAGGAAUUGAAAUCACACACGACAAGCGUGGAGCGUCAAAAAAAGAAAAAAAGAAAAAAAAAAAAUUUUU